GUCCGUCUGUGAAACCUUUCGAAAUUACAGCCCAAUUAGCUGAAUCCCAGUACAAAAUAAAGAUAUUGUUUCAAUUGAUCCAUUCCCCUUUUCUGAGAUGAUUGUCGAAUUCGAGAAGAUAACUCUUCUGAUUGUCGAAUUCGAGAAGAUUAACUAUUCUGAAGAUAAUUUUAUGAUAUAUAUCUAACGUAUAAAAAACAACGAAAGACAGAAAAUGGUAUAUGAGAUAAGAAUUACAUGGUGACAGUGUUCUCGGCUACUGUUGUCCAGAGAUAGAUGAUUUAUACGUAUAUAUGAAUGUAUUUGUGCCUGUUGAGAGUUGCAUUUGUGUGUGAUUUUGUUUCUAGACCAAGCAUGGGCAAUCUUUCCUAGUUCGGGGGCCAAAUUAUUAUUUUGUCUCCGAGUCAAGGGCCGGAUCAAAUUAUUAAAUAAAACAAACUAAUAUUAAAUGGAUUAAAACAAGUUACUACUUCAUAUUCAUAAUGCUUUGGUAUAAAUUCUACAUAAAUUUUAUAUCUCUGUUUUUUUCAAAAGAAUUGCUGUUGUGACGAUUUGUCGCAAAGUUGUCUGUAUCGGGCAUAACGUUAGCUGCUAAUUGCUUGUUCACAUUUUAUAUAAUAUAUAUAAUAGAUUUCAUAAAAUUGAAGGUUUCUGUUUUCCAAACAGAGAAUUUUUGAUAUUUCAUAUCUUUGGAGUUUCACGUCCUUCAAAUUUUAUCUCAAUCGGUGGCCAUUUAAAACUGAAUAAAUAUGUAAUAGUCAAAAUAAUUUUGCCAAUCAAAAUAACUUUAGGAAGUAAUUUAGUUAGUUAAAAAUUAUUUUUAAAACCAAUGAAGUAUAAAUAAUUGUACACUCAAAAUGUAUAUUAACAUUAAAACACAGAUAGAGCUGUUUGUGAUGUACAUAUAAUAUAAAACGGAAUAAUUUUAGAUAUUGAUUUAUAUCGGAAUCUGGAGGCACAGACGAGAUAUGUAUAUGUCUGAAGAUAUACAAUUGAUUAUAACGGAUAUCAUUUUACUUAAUCAGCUUGUAUCAUUUUGUUCAACAUAGUUCUCCAAUUCACCAUUGUUUAAGCAUAGAGUGCGCUAAAAAACCAAAUUUUUUUCCUCGUCUAUAUUUAUAAUCUGAAACACAAAACCCCAUUGAGUGUUCAGUUUAUAAAUCAAUAGUAUAACGUAUAUAGAGGAUAUAUAGAAGAAGAAGAACGCUAAGGGAAGGGGAAAAAAUUGCUAUUAUUUUAUGAUUAUUUUAUGAUUUUGUCUCUACGAAGAAUACCUAAGAGUAUCUAUAAAAAAAUCUAUUGUUUGUCAAAAAUAAACUUAGAAAACUUACAAAAACAUCAUAUUAUACAAAAUAAAAAUGAUACAACAUCUAUUUAUUAUAUCGAAAUAAAUUAAAUAAAAAUAUUUAAUAAUUGUUUAUAAAAACUGAUUUCGAUGAUUUUGUAAUAUAUAAUGUAAAUGUAAUGGCACAUUGUUGUCAUUCUAACAUAAAUAGAUUAGGUAGCACGAUAACGUAAGAAAUAUUUUGUUGAAAAUGAAAUAUGAGGCAACAGAUACGAAAGUCACAUGAAUAACGGAUCAUUCAGUAGUAUAUAGUAAGCUACGCUAUUGCAUUCCCGAAGAAAGUGAAUCGCGAUUCUUGUUACACAACUGUGAAUUCCCUGAUUUCCUGGUACGCGCCACACCGAUCCAUUUCCAACGGAUCUUAGAGGCUUGGCAAAAAAAUUCACAAACAACGAAAGUUCCUCUUCACGGUUUACUGAUUCAUUCUCCGUCUGUCUGCCUGUUAGAUAUACUGAUAUUUGAAUAGGCUCCAAUAUUUUAACUAUCCAAACUAAAUUUAUUUGCACGCAAGAACUUUAUAUCGUCAAGGUUGCGUAAUUUUAGAUAGUGCCAGUAUUUAUUUUCUUGUGAUUUAGUUGUGAAAUUACAUAAUAGUUAACAGUGUGAUGACAUCAGGAUUGUAUAAUACCAGAGACAUGCAGUAUAACGAAGAGGAAAGUACCGUCCGCAUGUACCUGAGGGGCCGACCUGUCGUCCUUUACGUUCCAACAUCUUUGAUGGAGUCGUACGACCUUCACAAAGUCAGCACACCGCCCCAGAACAAACUGAAACUCGACUGGGUGUACGGUUACCGAGGUAGAGAUUGUCGAAGUAAUCUGCAUUUGCUGCCAACUGGGGAAAUCGUUUAUUUCGUCGCGGCCGUGGUCGUCUUGUACAACAUGGAGGAGCAUAAUCAGAGGCAUUAUUUGGGUCAUACGGACGAUAUCAAAUGCCUCAUAUAAGGAUAUGGAAUUCAGUGAGUUUGACGACUCUUUGCGUAAUUGGCAACGGUGAGUUUGAUGGCUCGAUUUGUUGCCUCUCGUUCUCGAAAGCUGACGGGGGAAAUUACUUAUGUGCUAUUGACGAGACUUCUGAUCACAACAUUUCGAUCUGGGAUUGGCAAAAAGGAGAACGGGGUACGAAGGUUACGGAAACGAAGUGCUCAGUGGACACGGUAGUGUGCGCCGAGUGGCAUCCGCUGGAACGGAACCAAAUCGUCUCCUGCGGAAAGGGUCAUGUGUCCUUUUGGUCUCUUGAUAACGGUGGUAUGCUGUACAAACGGAUGGGCAUUUUCGAAAGCAGAGAAAAACCGAGAUAUGUUACCUGUGUGGCAUUUAAUCAAAGCGGUGAUGUUCUUACUGGUGACAGCAACGGUAAUAUCAUCGUUUGGGGCAGAGGAACAAACACAAUUUCUAAAAUAGUAAGGAAUAUUCACGAAGGAUCUAUAUUCUCGAUUUGCGUCUUGAAAGAUGGUUUUAUUGUUACCGGUGGUGGAAAAGAUGGUAAAAUACUCUAUUUUGAUGAAUCAUUAAACCUAACAGGAGAAGAAGCACAAAUUGAGGAUCAUUUUGGUGGUAUCCGAACGGUCGCUGAAGGAAGAGGUUCACAAUUAUUGAUCGGAACAACAAGAAAUUGCAUUUUAGUCGGUGAUGUGGGAAUGGGAUUUAACCCAGCGAUGUUGGGACACGCUGAAGAAGUUUGGGGACUUGCUGCUCAUCCGAUAUUACCGCAAUUUGCAACGGCAGGCCACGACAGGUUGUUGCAAAUGUGGGAUAGUCUCAGUCACACUGUGGUUUGGAGUAAAGACAUUGGGGAACAAGCGCAGAGCAUUGGUUUUUCACCAGAUGGUAAUGUUAUGGUAGUUGGAUGCACUUCCGGAAAAUGGUUAGCAAUCGACAGUGAGACCCGAGAAUUAUAUACUCAUCAUAGCGACGGAUCAGAACCUAUACAAGUCGUUAGAUUUUCACCAGAUGGAACGCUAUUAGCAUUGGGUUCUAGAGAUAACUAUAUUUAUAUUUAUCAAGUAAACGAAGAUGCAGUCAAAUAUAGUCGUGUUGGACGAUGUAUGGACAUGGAGUGGGCAAGUCAUAGCUGUAUAAUAUCCUUCGAAACAAUUGGAAUAUGGCCGGAAGGUGCCGAUGGUACAGACGUAAAUAAUUGUACUCGUAGCAGUGAUUCGAAGUUGCUCGCAACUGGAGAUGACUUCGGAAAAGUCAAAUUGUUUUCUUAUCCUGCUUGCCAACCAAAGUCGUUAUGUCACACGUACGGUGGUCAUUCAAGUCAUGUUACGAACGCAUCAUUUCUUCAAGACGACACGCGAUUAAUUUCCACUGGUGGAAGUGAUACGAGUGUUCUUCAAUGGAUUGUAAAUUACUAACUCUAUUUACUAUUAACCGGGAUGGACAAGAAACAGAGAGUAAAAAUAAAGAAAACAUUAAUUGCCACGAGGGAAUAAUAGGAAGUGCACAACAAUUAUUGUAGUUGCAAAAUGAAGAAAAGAAAAAAACGAACAACAUUGUGAUUGAGUGUGGAAACGAGAGGUUUUAAUUCCAAAUGAUGGAAAGACGAGCAAAAAAAUACUGGAUUCAAUUAAGGGGAUAUUAGCUAAUUUUAUUGUACUAUUUAAGUGUCCUUUAUAAAUUAAUGACUGAGAAUCAUAACGCUAAUUUCUUACCUAAUGGGUGAUUUUGAUUCGUAAUUGUGCGCUAUGAAAAUAAAACGACAUGAAAACUUUAGUGAGAGCUUGCCAGUUAAUGUGGCGAACAAUAUCUGUAUGUCACCAAUUAGUAAUAACGUAACAAAGUGUCUUUUUCCAUACUUCACGUAUCUAUAACGUGCUAUUUUUUGAAUGUCAGAAUUCCGAUUUUACAAAUCUACAAAUUGUAUGUGAGUGUUCUUCGUCUAGUAAUCACUGACGAAACGCACCGUGCUCUUUUUUAUGUAAACCAGUUUAGUGAAUUGCACCGUUCGUUGAUAAAUAUAUGUACUUUCACGUAGUUAGCACCGAUAAAAUUAAGUUAAAUGAUUUUCAAAUGAUCGAAAACAGAAUUAUUUCAAUUGCUCGUGUCUAUAAAAAGUUAAGAUUAUCACUAUUUUCUAACCUGUACAACUAUAUAAGUUUUGGUUCUUAAUUGUUACUUUUCACGAUACCAGUUAUUCAAGAAUAUGUUUCUUUUUCACGAAUAGAUUGUAAUCAAUUUUAAUUACAAACUUAUUUUGUAUUAACAGAAACUCUCGAAGUAAUUUCAAGGUAUAAAUGCCAAACUAUAAUAAUAACUUGGAGAAAAGAAGUACAAGAAGUUGCAAGACAAAGGAACAAUUAAUUGAUGAGUUAGCAAAUAUAUCACAUUUUUAAAUUAAUUGAAAUGAAAUUGUUCUAUUUUUGGAGUUUAUAUUUGGUAUUUUUUUCUGAGAUAUUUCUGUAGUGUAGACUUUUUUGUAAUGUUUCUGAAAAUAUGAAUAAAUAUUUCGACGAAGAACGAAGAUUAAUCGAUUUUGAGUUUGAUCUAAUUAAUUUUUUGCCACAUAUUAUAGUAGAUAUAAAUUUAUUUUCAUUAAAGCGAACAGAUAUAUAUAUAUAUA